GGGUAAAUUGAUUGUGGCCUGUACACUUCUGGCACGUGUAAAUAGUACACAUUGGUCACGUUUUCUUAUUAGUCCUCUCCAUCACUGCGAAAGGUACCUUCAAAUUAAGUGCAAACCAAUACAGACAUGACAUACAUAUGUUCUUCGUGCAAGGUUGAUGUGUCUGUCACAGAAAGAAUCAACCAUGUUAGGAGCGAAUGGCAUAUUUACAACCUGAAGCGUAUUGUUUCUCACCUACCACCGAUAUCUGAAGAUAUAUUCAUACAAAAAAAGCAAUUGAUCGCUGCAGAAACACCGGUUGUUAUACAGAAAACGUAUUGUGAUGCUUGCAAGAAAUCAUUCUCAAAUAACAAGUCAUUUAGUGCCCACCUAAACUCAAAGCGACAUAUCCAUAACAGCCAAUUGUCCCGAACGAAAACUACUCAGACAGUCAUCAAUUCUCCUAAACCUGCAGUAGAAAACUGUUCAACAGAAUCAUUACCCCUGGGGUCAUGUUUGUUCUGUGACCGCCACAUAUCACUGAAUUCUGUGUCAAACGCGUCACUCGAUGAUACCGAAAAAACGGACUUAGCCAAGCGUGUCCUAAAUCACAUGUUUGAUGUGCACAAAUUUAGCGUCCCAUUUCCAGAAAGACUAACUGAUCCUGCUGGUUUGUUAAUUGAAUUAGGACGUAUUGUGGGGGAGGAACGUUGUUGCUUGGCCUGUGGUCGUCAAUUUUACGGUAGCUGUGUAGAAGGAUCAGAUAAUACUCGGAUCUCCCUAUCAGCUGUUCGCAAUCACAUGCUAGACAAACCUGGUCACAAACAAAUAUGGAUGGGUGUCGAAGAUCCCGUCCAAGUAGCAUUAUUGGUAGCUGAAGCCGAAGAAGAGUCCAAUAGCGAUUGCGAAGUAAAUUAUCCCAAAGCUGCACUUGCAGGUGGUGAGCUGUUUAGCCAGUUUUACGAUCAAUCAGUCGUCGCACCACCUUUCUUACUUUCAGAUGAUGAAGAUGUUUAUGAAGUACGGUUACCAUCUGGUACUGUUCUAGGGCAUCGGAAACUGAAAACAAUUUAUAAACAACACUUGGCUGCCACGGACGGAGCUAAAUUAACGAACUGUGAUAAUGGACAAAAGAGCCUCUCAAUACUACGUCCAGACUUUAAAAUGCUGAAGAGAUCUAACACUGAUUCUGAAAGGCAUUCAAACGAACAAAGAAAGUAUUGGGAUUUAGUAACUGGUGUUCAGGGCAAUUUGCACAACCGCCUUCAUCUACGUAGACAGUAUUAGAUAUUUGAGAAUUCAAUAAAUUGCUAAAAAAAAUUAAUUUUUAUAA